GCAACUGGGUUGGUAAGAUUUUGUCCGGAGACGCUUGACAGGACAUGGAGAUGAACACAACUGAGAAGUUAUACCUUCCCGUUGAUGGCAUCUUCGAAAUGUUCAACUCUGUCACAGGGCAGUCACGCAUUACGCACCCAGGUAUCCAGAGCACAGCCCUCACCCCAGUACCCCAGCACCCUAAAGUCUCAAACAUAUCGAAGACAGGGAUGGGCGUCAUCAAGACGGUCAAAGGGAGCUGGAGACAACAUGAGAAGAGAGCAAGUAGAUCCUCGAGUUCUGGCAAUCGGCAGGUUUCUACUGAAAGACUCCCAAAGAGGUCCGUGGAUCUGCUGGAGCUGGGUUUGGCCAAGCCCAGGAACUGUCACAGAAUAGUUGUGCUUGGGGCACCUAAAGUAGGCAAAACCAACAUCCUCCAGAGGUUCUUGGGUAAAGAAUAUGAAGAGAACUAUGAACCCACAACCGAGGACUUUCACAGAAAACUGUUCCAUAUAGGAGGGGCGGCAUACCAGGUUGAUGUCCUGGACGCAGCAGGUGAAAGGAACUUCCCUGCAAAACGGAGGUUAUCCAUACUGACAGGUGACACCUUUCUGCUGGUGUUCAGUUUGGAUGACAGAGAGUCUUUCGAUGAAGUCACUGAGCUGCUCAACGAGAUCAAAGCUGCAAAGGCAAAGUUACUGAAAUUAAAACAUCCCGCGAGAGUACCUGUAGUCAUCUGCGGGAAUAAAGUGGACUUGGAAGCGCCCAGAGCCGUGAAACGAUCAGAUGUGACAGACAUCCUCGGUGAGGAUGUCGCAUUCUUUGAAACCUCGGCUAAAGACGGUACCGGACUGGAGGAUGCGUUCAAGGCUCUUGCCUCUUUAGGCGGACUGCCAGAUGAGACGAGUCCGUCACGGCAUCAGCUCAUAUCAAUCCUCACCUACCAGUCUCUGUGCAUCGGUCAGAGGGGUAGGAGAGGGAGCCGGACGCGGGGAGUCGGUGCGCCAUGUGCCGCUAUGGACCCUUUGGCGCGCCGUCCGAGCUUCACCAGCGACCUGCGGCUGGUGCUGAGAUCAAGCACCAAACAAAACAAACCUGAGAGGUGUCAUAUUCAAUGAAUUGUGAGCCUUCUCCAUAAACCAAUUGUAGUAGUAUGCUGCAAUGUUGUAUUAUGUAAGGAGUUAUACUCUGUAGCACCUGGCUGGACCAGUGCA